GGAUACAUUAUAUUGUCAGGCACUGCUAUGCUUGUCAACGUCAAACUUAGCGUGAGUAAAUAUUUUUGUGCAAUCCCUACCUACAUGACGAAAUAAAUAGCCUUUGUGAAAUAAAUCUUAUCUCAGUGUAACACAAUUACAUACAUUUACCUAAUUUGAUUAGAAAAAAACUGCUCUGUAAACCGAUGGGCUGUUCGGUUUAAAAGAUUUUAAUAUUGUUUACGGCGCCUUGUUGACACAGUUGCGUUAUUUAUUACAUUUUUACGUCACAUUUAAUAAUUUGGCCGGGUUUCUGUAUUGUGAUUGUUGACUCACAAUAGUCGUCGACUUGGCGUUGCCAGCAGCAUUUCAAUGUGACCUUGACUAGAAACAGCUGUUACGAUAAAAUGGAUUCGUUCUUUAGCCUUUUCGAUCCUACCGACGGAGGUCAAAAUAAAAAUAAUACAAGAAAAAAACACAAAAUCGAUUCGGAUAGCGUUAAGAAAAAAAAUGAACUGCCCAAAGGGAGGAGGCGAGGGAGACGCUCGAACGGCAAGCAUGAAUCUCUGCCCGAGGAGUCCUCGUUCCUCUGCGAGCCUGAUCUGAGCAACGGGAUCGUGGUCAAGGGUGUCAGCUACAUCGAGAAUUACAUCGAAAUUAAUACAAAGGACGAUGACGACAAGAGGCCCAAACGCAGAAAUUCUAACCGCAAAUCACGCCGGAAAAGGACUAAAACCACGCCUAUUAGAGAGCAGGCCGAUGCAGAACUGAACCCCUGCGUAAAUCUCAACAAUCAGAUAGUUACAUGUAAAAAAACCGAUGGAAGCGUCGGUAAGAAUGUCAAUAAACUGACGGACGACAAAAAAAGGAACAACCAAACGAAAUAUGACGAUUUCGAUGAUAAGAUGUGUAACGUUAUCGAUGGCCUGGAAGGGGUCAGCCUGAAGGAAGACUUGUAUACGUCAGGGGAAUUCAACACGGGGGAUUUUGACGAGGAUUGGGACGAGCCCGCGGCUGAGGACUCCGAUUCUGAUUACGAGGAUUCGGCCGAUGAGGUAUACGGGAACCUGCCCCCCGAGCCCAGGUUCGGGAACGUGGAGUACAAGCUGCAGCUGGUGUCGCUCUGCGAGAAACGAUUCCAGCAUCUGGUCACCCAGCUGAAAUGGCGUCUCCGGUCGGGGGGCGGCCGGUGUGUGUACGUGGUGGGAGUGCGGGACUGCGGCGCCGUGGUGGGGCUCCGGGCGCGCGCGCUGAGGGGCUCCCUGCGCACCCUGCGCCGCAUGGCGCGCGCCCUCGCCGCCACCCUGCGCGUCACCACCAGGCGUCUGGCGCCGGAUCGCGCCGUGGCCGAGGUGCACAUACUGAAGCUGGCCGACCCGCAGCAGAGCAUGGAGCUGAGGAUCGCCGUGAUGGGCGCCAACGAAGCUGGGAAGUCCACCUUGAUCGGAGUCCUCACGCAAGGCGAGCUGGACAACGGCCGGGGGAGCGCCCGUCUGAACAUGUUCCGGCACCUGCACGAGGUCAAGAGCGGCCGGACCUCGUCGCUCAGCCACGAGAUACUGGGGUUCGACGCCCAGGGCAACGUGGUGAACUACGGGUGCUCGGAGCUGAUGACGGCCGAGCGGAUCGGCGAGCGGAGCACCCGGCUGGUGUCGUUCAUCGACCUGGCCGGCCACUCCAAGUACCAGCGCACCACGCUGCACGGGCUGGCCGGCUACUCGCCGCACUUCGUCAUGCUCGUGAUAUCGGCGACGGCCGGCAUCACGCGCAUCACGGAGGAGCACAUAGACCUGCUGCUGGCGCUGGACGUGCCGUUCUUCACGGUGGUGACCAAGUGCGAGCUGGCCGCGGCCGCCGUGCAGGACGUCGCCGCCAAGCUGGCCAAGCUCCUGCAGCCCUACAACAAGAGACCACUGCUAAUAACAGACGAGAACUCUGCGAGGAACUGCGUGGCCCCACAGAAGCUAAUUCUUGACACGAUCAAUGACAAUGCCUCUGAGGAUAAAUGCGUGAUGCCGGAGGUGGCGGUGUUCCCGGUGAGCUGCGUGCGCGGCGCCGGGCUCGGGCCGCUGCACGCCUGCCUCGCCUCGCUCGCUUGUCUACUGGCCACACCCUCCGCCGCGCACUACAACACGCUGCCGCACGACGACACGUGCGAGUUUCAAAUCGACGAGAUAUUCCACGCGGGGGAGUCGUCCGGUCCCGUGGUUGGGGGGCUGCUGGCCCGCGGCAGGAUCCGGGAGGGGGACGACCUCCUGAUGGGUCCGCUGGACGACGGGCGCUUCGUGUCGGUCCGCGUGGUGGGCGUGCACCGCAACCGGGCCGCCGUGAGCGCCGCGCGCGCCGGACACACGUGCUCGCUGCGACUGCGGGCCCAGCAGGCGCCGCGCCCCGGCAUGGUGCUGCUCCGGCAGCCUUCAGACUCUUCGGGCCUUCACUGCAAGAGCAACAACGUGGGGAGCUCUGUGGAGGACGCGAUGACCCUGGCCCGAGCUCAGCAAACGCUGUCGAAGCCCGACGCCGACGCGACCAAGAACACGUUCGAAGGAGCCACCGAUGACAUCCAAGACGACGGCACGACUAAUCCUAGGGGAUGUCUCUAUUUUCAGGCCUCUAUACACCUUCUGAGACAUUCGACCGCCAUCUAUAGAGGGUUCCAGUGCACAGUUCACGUCGGCAACGUCACGCAAACAGCCAUCAUCCAGGGCAUCAUGUCGGGUACGGGAGAGCUGAGGGCUGGCGAGUCGGCCUCCGCCCUGUUCCGGUUCGUGCGCAGCCCCGAGUACCUGGUGCGCGGCAGGAGGAUGUUGUUCACUGCAGGACUCGGCACCAGAGCCAUAGGGAGGAUAACGCAAGUGUUUCCGCACGUCCCUUGAAAGUCCUAAACUACUAUAUUUGUGUCUAAAGCACAGAAUAUUGUAUUCGUGUAAAUGUAGAAGACGACAACAAAAUGUUAUUCGUUAUUUUCCUCAAGUAACGUCACCCUAGCGAGGAAAACCGAGAUAUUUAGUGGAAAUGUUUGGUGAUACUACUUUAUCAUAUAUUUAUUUAUUAUAUUUUUAUGUGAUAGUAUAAUAAUGAUAUUGGAUUUAAUGAUUAUUUUUGUUUAUGUGUAUGUGUUUGUUUGUGUACUUAAUACGGGAGACGAAUUUGAAGGCGGUUAUUAAAUAUGAAACAUUUGAAUUGAAUAGAUUUGAAUGAAUUGUAAUACUAAAUGUUUCUGAUCUGAUUUCGUGUUAGAAUAUGAUCAAAAUAUUUAUAUUUAUGUUCGUGAACACUAAGGUCGCUGUAAACAUAUUAAUGAGUGAUUAUAUUUUUCUUGUAUAUCAGUUGAAAUUGAAUUAGAUUUAAUUAAUCGGAAUGAGUAUUCACUGUGAAACUAGAUUAAGUUUAACGUUGGCAACAUUUAGCGAGACACUCGAAACGUCAACGUCAAGUUGACAGUGACAGUUGAUUUCUAUCAACAUACAUCAUGUUGAUUGUAAUAAGAGUGAUAUGGUGGAGGGGGCAAGGGGUACAGUCGGUAAUGUCUAUCGAAAAGCGACCAGUGUGCUUAGUGCGAGUUUUUAACAGCGUCCCUAGCGGCAAACGUAGGCAAACGUUCCAACUCCAUACGAAUUUGAGUUAACUUUUACACUAUCGAGAACGUUAAAAAAUUCGCACUAAGCACACUGGGGCGCACAAAGAUGGCGCCGAAAGUUUUUAUAUUAUAAAUUACUACGCUGUUUUGGUGGGUACUUCAGUCGUAUUUGUAAUAAUGCCUUUGUAGGCAGACGAGAGCAUACUGCCCCCCCUGAUGGGAAGUGGAUACCGUCAUCGCUGGGGACACAGCCGAGCCGCCACCAAUAGAAUUUACUGCUCACAGCUUUUCUAUCUUAUCUCCUCAUAUUAGACAGCAGUCACCAAACAGAGUUCCAAGCUUAAACAUUUGGCGAUAUUUUAAUGAAAUAUGACAAUCAUUGUGAUCAUUUUUACUGGUGGUAGGACCUCUUGUGAGUCCGCACGGGUAGGUACCACCACCCCGCUUAUUUCUGCCGUGAAGCAGUAAUGCGUUUCGGUUUGAAGUGUGGGGCAGCCGUUGUGACUAUACUGAGACCUUAGAACUUAUAUCUCAAGGUGUGUGGGGCAUUUACGUUGUAGAUGGGCUUCAGUAACCACUUAACACCAGGUGGGCUGUGAGCUCGUCCACACGUCUAAGCAAUAAAAAAAAUAAAAAAAUGACUACUACCGUCAUAUGUGAACUAAUGACAAAUUAUCGAAUAAUGUUUUAGAAGAUUUAAGUGAAACGGAACCCCGUCUCGGCGAAUAAUGUUGAUGGUCAUUAAUUGAAAUGUGUGAACCUAAAUUUAAAAAAAAUGGGGUGUAAAUAUUAUUUUCAAACUUUCUUCCAUUCGUAUUUCUUCCGCUCCAGAUGUAUACGUCUGAAGACACUAGCUUAUUUUAGUUUUUGCACGGCCUACCUGGUCUACGCUUUAGAAAGAACAGCGCGUUUGAAGUCGUCGUGACCUAAAGGAUAAGAAGUCGGGUGCAUUCGUAUCUAGCGAUGCAACGGUGUUCGAAUCCCGCAGGCGUGUACCAAUUUUUCUAAUGAAAUAUGUACUUAACAAAUGUUCAUCACGAUUGACUUCCACGGUGAAGGAAUAACAUCGUCUUUAAAAAAUGAAACCCGCAAAAUUAUAAUUUGCGUAAUUACUGGUGGUAGGACCUCUUGAGUCCGCACGGGUAAACAAAUUUAAAAUGAUACGGAAUAUUCCAGAAUGAAUGAGCAAUAAAAUAAUCCAUUGUGUUUUCUGUAAUAUUUUAAGAAAACAACAUUUAAAGCCCUUAAAUAUUUUUUUAAAUUAAUAAUUUAAAUGUUUUUAUUCGAUUAUGCAAAACUGAACUAAUCUCUUCACUGAAUGACAAAUAAGUAGGUCAGUGAACCCGUCAAAGAAAAAUGUUUUUAUAAAACUAGGGUUUUAAAGGUUUUGCUUUACUUAAAAUAUAUAUUAGGCGUUUUAGCUCGCAAAAAAUUUCCUCGAAGAGUGGAUCAAUAGAUAGUGUUAUACUCUUCUAAUGAUCCUUAUAUUCUGGAAGUGACAUGUUUUAUGUUAUUAUUCAUUGAAUAAUAUUUCCGCUAGAGAAACUAUUACUUGAAAAGAGCCCUUGAUUCUCAGUGAAACGAAAUAUUAUUUUAUUGUAUUAUCUUGGCUUUAAUUACUUACUUUUAAGGCUGUAUUUUGCUCUGAAUAAAUCAAUUUUGCAUAUC